AAAUCUCAGCUUCUUCUACAUCUAAUAAUAAUAAUAAUAAUAAUAAUAAUCAACUUAGAUUUUUUCCUAUUGCCAGCAUCAGAUAACCCCUUAAAUCUUAUUUAUUAGGGUACCCGGGUGCCCCCAGAUUUUGCUCUGCAAGUUUUUUUCUAUAUUUUACGCAGAAGGCUCUCUAAUGGCAUCAGAAAUAGCAGUCAAAUCUUCAACCAGAAGAAGCUUCUUCAUGGCCCAAGUCAUGCUCAGAAUUCUAGCCAUUGCUUUCACCUUGGCUGCAAUCUCUGUCAUGCUCACCAGCACCGAAUCUGUUAUGCUAUUUGGGAUCAAACUUGUUGCCACUUACAGUGACUCUUCUGCAAUGAGGUUCUUCCUUGGUGCGAACAUAACAGCAUGUAUAUUCUCGUUCCUAUCACUAAUCUUUGUUUGCGUUAUUAGCCGUUCAGAAUCACAACUCAACAAGUGUUUUUAUCUAUUUUUGCACGACAUGGUGAUAAUGGUGUUGCUGAUAUCUGGAUGUGCUGCGGCGAGUUCAAUUGGUUAUCUGAGUAAAUAUGGAGAAGAAAAAAUUGGUUGGACGGCUGUUUGUGACUGCGUCAGCAAAUUUUGCAACCGAGUAAUGAUAUCGCUUGUGUUAUCUUACUUGGGUUUCUUCUCCUAUAUGGCACUUGCAAUUAUGGCUGCCAAGAAAUUUAUGAGUACAGCUUCUGAGAGAUGAACACGAAAGAGGGAUGAGAUUUAAGAUUGAGACUGUAAAAGAGAGGGAGUGGCUCUCGAUUUCCCACUUUUCUCUGUUCCAAGCUUGAUCCAUCUCUGGCAAUUCAUAGUCGUCAGGUCUUAGUGACAGUUGGAAAUCUGGUAGCUCUGGUGCUUGAAGAGCCCUGCAUCAUUAAAAAUGAAGCAAUUUACAUUAUGAGCUCUAGAAUGAAUAC